UCGACGACGUCGACGUCGAGGCGCGGAUAUUAAUAGAGCUCGGCAGAGAGAGAGAGAGAGAGAGAGAUAACGUCGGGCGCGCGGGGCACCGACGUGACGCGGCGACGCGUUGCGACGCGACGUCGAGCGUCUUCUCUCUCUCUCUCGUUCGCGCUAAACUCGCGCAUUCCUGGACACGUUAGUCACGUGUAUAAGCCUCGCUCUCCUCUGCUUUUUGUCAUUUUCCGCGUUCCCCCUCGCUUAUGUAUACGCACGUGAGCAACGCUCCAUCGGCGCACUCGCGCCGUCAGCAUCUCUCUCAUUGUUUUUUCUUCGCUCGAAUCAACGAUUUUUUACUUUUAAAUAUCACCGUCUCGAUCGGACGCUAAAACUCGACGGAAAUGCUCGUGACCUCCAAGGUCUUCCCCGGAAUUUAUCAUUUAGGACAAAAUUAUUCCUGCGACGAUUCUAUGAGCGCUGCCAUGAUUAGCGUACGAAACGUAUCUAUAUCAGGAACGACUAUACACACACACACACACGUGAUUCUCUCCCGCUGUUGACUUGCUCUCUCAUCUUCGUUCAAGUGAGAUUUCCACGUACAUAAAUUCAACGAAAUCUCAGUCGAGCGCGUCUUAUUUCGACGAAAUAAAAAAAAAAAAAAAAUUCAUCGUUGCAAAACAACGAAGCUAAUUGUCUUCGCUUCGCGAAAGCGUCGACCAUUUCGAUCGAGCCACGUCCAUCCGUGUUUCUUCCGGUCGUGACAGGAUGAUGGAAAAAAAAAGGGUGCGUUUAGCCAAUUCCCGAGUACGGAACGAGAAUCCCUUGGAAAUGCGCGUGGGGGGGUCCACCAACAAAAUUAUGGAUCGAGGCAAUGCGAGGGUUCACGUCUGCGCAUGACUAUCCGUCUCGUUUACAGCCUAGUCGUAUGUACACGCACACGCGUGUAUACGCACGAACGCGGUCUCUCGGUCGCGUAGCCCUCCUAUCGCAGAACUUUCUUCGAGACAUGUCUUACUCGCGCGAUAUUUCCAUCCCCGCGAGUUUACCAACAACGUCUGUUAUGCUCAACCCACAAGGAUAAUCCAUUGUUAUCGUUGGACAUCGUAAAUUCGCGACCAUCGUUCUACAACGUUACAAUUGCACAGAGGGCACAUAUGUUUACAAAAGACAAAAGAUUCGAAGAAAAAAAUCGAGCUGCGUGAUUUCAAUACGAGAUCCCGAGAUAUUGCGGAGCCGGAAGUGUUCUCUUUCAAGGGACUGAUAAUACUCGAUAAAAACAUGGGCGAGAAGACGUUCAAUCUUACGUGGAACAAUCACCUAGCGAACCUAUCGGGUUUGUUCGAGGCUCUUUACAAGAGCGGCUCAUUGACAGAUGCAACGUUGGUUUGUCAGAACGGCUUAUUGAGGGCUCACAAGCUGGUGCUGGCAGCAUGUAGCCCUUACUUCGAAAAAGUCUUUAAAGAUUAUAGUGGAGACCAACUUGUCCUCAUUUUAAAAGGCGUUGCUAGAGAAGAGAUGGAAUGUCUCUUGGAGUUCAUGUACAGAGGAUCCAUCGAUGUAGCGGAGGAGCAUCUACCCUCGCUGAUAAAAACUGCAACAGACUUGGAGAUACGCGGUCUCUCCGGAGAACAAAAAAAUCAAGAGAGUAACCGCAAUCUCUAUACGAGGGUCGAAACGCAAAUGCAACGAUGCCAUAUAGAAACCAGAGUACACACUACCGAAUAUAUCAAAGAACCAUCAAUGAUACCUUUUCUGCCGAAACACUCGUCUGUUGAUUCCAUAGAAGACCAUAUUAAAGUAGAGGAUAUUGAAGUGGAGGACGAUCCAAUGGUAAUCGACGGACACGAGGAUAGUUUUGACGAGCUUCCGCGAUCCACGGAAACACAAAUUAGACGUAUACCACCACCGAUGUACAAGCGAGAAACUAGAUUCAAAGGGCAAAAGAGGGUAUCUGUAGGUCGUGUGACACGAAACAGUGACCCUUUGGAAUCGAAAGACUCCUCGCGAGAAUCGAGCUAUGAGGAUUCCUCGAGAACAGUUAAACUUGAGCCCAAUUUUAGUGAUGGAUCCACGGAUGUCGCGAUAUCGGGUGCGGUACAGGAAACUUCGAAAGGCUCGGAGGAACCUUCAAAAACAGGAAUAAAAAGAAAAAUUGAAAUCUUGAAAAGAGGAAAUGAAGGGAAAGAGGCCAGAAUACCCAGCAAAUCAGAAAGGGCGCAGCACAAACCUUUCUCUUGCGACCUUUGCACAUUAGCUUUCACGAGAGCUUCACACUUGGCGAGACACAGAAGAGUGCAUACGGGCGAGAGACCGUUCGCCUGUAGUAUCUGUCCGCGUUUGUUCGCUAGACAAGACAAGCUCAAGCAACAUUUAGAUUCGCAUUUGCAGUGGCCGAAGAGGAAGGGUAGCAGUCAGACGGUAUCUUCGUUGCCCGGAAAAGGAAAACGUGGCAGACCACGUAAGGUAGUUAAUUUGGAACAAUCCGCGAUGGAAGAGAUUCUUAAAUUUGGCGAAUUUAGCUCGCUCUUGAAUAAAUCGCAUUCCGCGAAUUCGACGAAUAAGAGCGAAAAUGGUGGGAAUGCCGCGGAUGACAAGAGAAAAGAAGUAUUUCAAGAAGAGGACGACUCGUCUCAAAGAGAAAAAGAUAACUAUGGUUGCCAAGUCGAAAAUGGUCAGGAUAUUGUUUAAUAGAAUCUUUUUUGCAAUCUGGAUUUCAAUAUUCGUAAAACAUAUUUUUCUAUCAUAUAAAACCGCGCCGCGUGAUUAAAGAUCAACGCAACAUAAUGAAGAAAGAAAUCUAUCGAGCUUCUUCGAAAGGUCGUGGUAUCCUUUUCUUCGGAUUUAUUUUAAUUCAAUGAGGAUUAUAAAAUGCCUCUUUGUUCCAAUCGGUUAUACGUAUAAAAGUAUGCAAAAAGUCGCAAGAACACUCGCGCUAUUACUGCGAAUUGUUUAACGUAAGUACCUGAGAUAUCGACUACUAACGUUACUACCAAAGCACACGAGCCUCCAAAGAAUUUAGAUGCAUGAACGAGGGUCGAGAAAAUCAAUUAUUAUAAUCAACUCGGCACAUCGUCACCGAUCGUUAGUACCAAAUGAUAAAAAUUAAGGGAUAUCUGCGCUUUAUUAACCCGACCAAAUAAUGUGAAAAAUGGCGGCUUGACUUUCACUGUAAACAAUCUCGGUCCCUCGAUGUAUUAUCACCCAAGAUACAUACAUUAUCGUACUUAUAAAUAAUUUUAAAAAAAAUCCAUAUUAUCUGUCAAUUGAAGGCCAAUUCGACAAAUGAUAUAAUAAGAUGCAUGAGAUGAUCUUCACAUACCGGGAUAACCGAGCAGCCUAUUGUACGAAAAAGUAUAUGAAUGAUCUCAUUUCCUAAUGUAAAAUCUUACCUUAAAGAGCGCGUGAACUUAAUAGUGUAAUAGCCAGAGCAUGUUACACAAUGAUGUCUGAUACAGUGUGAGUCAUGCCUACGUAGUAAUAUUUUGUCAUAUGCGCGAGUAUAUAAUAUGUCAAGUACAAAUGUCCAAAUAUUAGACUAUACGCGUACGAUAUUCUGUCACGUGACGGCGUAAAUCAGGGAUGUGCGAGUGCUCGCGAGUAUUUUGCGCUAAAUUUUCCCGCGUAUACGAUGCAUAUAUAGUUCCGAUAUCUUUAAAUCGAAUUUGGUAACGGAUUUUAAAACUCUUUGGAUACUCGAGGCAUCUCGAGAGUGCUCGAUAUCUCGGUUCACUCGAAUCUUAUGAAUGAAUGUACAAUUUUAUCGGAUUUUUUACUUAGAAAGUAUUUUUUUUUUUAGUUAAGAGAAAGAGAGAGAGAGAGAAGAAUUGAAAUAAUAGAAAUUAUAUAUAUAUAUAUUCUAUUUAUAGAUAUAUAUAUAUAUAUAUAUAUAUUCUAUUUAUAGAUAUAUAUAUAUAAAUAAAAUAUAUAUAAAAUUUAUUAUUAUACACAGUUAGUUAUAUAUGUGUAUAUAUAAAUAAAAUCUAAAAACAGUCGACAUAAUUAGAUAUAAUAAUUUUAUUUUAUUUAAUUUUUUUAUUUUAAUCCGAUAAAAUUUAUCGUGGUAUUGAAAAGAUUCGAGGAAAAAUUCGAGUCACAUCAGACCUGAUUUUAAGAACGUCAUGAAUAUCUGCGCAUCCUUAGCGUAAACGAAUGGGCCUAGGAUUCCUUACGAUUCGUUUAGAUUCGGGAUACAUAUAGCGAUUUUUUUUUUCAUAGAGCUUAAGAUUUUUGUGCAAUGCCGAUGAUGUUGGUGACAUUUCGUCCUAUUUACACUAUUCACUCGCGAAUUUAGUCCUAAUUUUCAAGAUAUUCGCGUUUGUACAUACGUCGAAGCAUUGUGUGGUGUCCAUGUCCUUAUAAUUGAUUAUAAUUGUUGUCUAAUUAGUUGUUGGUUGUACAAAUUUUGUGCAUUCUGUUUUGUUGAAUGGCUGUUGCUCGAUCUUAUGAUCACUGUUCAUCCGUAUUUCUAUCUUUUUUCCUGGCAAUGUGCAAUUGUUUUCAGUGAUACCAGAUACCUUGGUUGCUGUCGAGCAAAUGGCGAGGUGCGAAAGGUUCAUAUCUUACAUUCUAUAUAUAGUGUGUAGCGCGUAUAAAUAAAUGAAUAAACAAAAUAAAUUUUCAAGCGAGCAAAAGAGAAAAACCUUUCCGCAUUCUAAACAUUCUGUAAGUUAAUUUUGAGCGCGUUUAUCCGCUCAAUCUAACGGGCUGAAAAGGGAAAUACAGAAAGAAAAUUUCUUAUUACAUUAGCUUCCAAGAUUAUUGUAUUCACUGACACAGUAUAUCUUUUUUACAAAUAUGUGUUCGAUUCUACAUAUGUUUUUGAUUUGUUCGGCGAGGCAGGGAUGGGGAUCGAGCGCGUUAGAUUUUUCUCUCGCGUGCGUUUGAUACUUGAUUCUGUGCGAUCAUAAGCCUCUCGACUCCUUCCCUUUUUGUAUCGAGAAAAUAACACUGUUUAUGGAUAGGAUCUUACAUAGAUCAAACUCGCGACUGUUUGCGAUUUUAGCAUUGAUGUCGCACUGCCUCUCUCUUUCUCUCUCUCUCUCCCUUUCUUUAUCUUCCUCUCUCUUGUAAACGAAGCGGAUUUUUCAUACAUACGAUACGCAACACUGAAAGCAGAUUCAUCUCUUACGAUCUAUUAUCACGAACUAUCGCGCGCGCCACAAGCUAUAUAGUGCAUUUUACGAUUUACAUUGAGCGCACAUAAGGCAACGCAAUGGGAUCGUUAUCGCGUUGUCGUUUGUACUUAAUCGGAGAAACAGAAAUAUGUGUGAAAAUCUUUCUGUCCGUUACACUAUAAUUCUCUUAAACAAAUAAUGGAUAUACAUAUGUAUAUUAUUUAUAUGUGAAACGCACCCUUUCUCUCUCUCUCUUUUUUUUCAACGAAUCAUCGAUCUAUGGCCUAGGAUUCGACAUCAGGCUUCCGCGCGACAGAUUUGAUUCGUGAUGAUCUUCGAAAUUGACUCACCGUGCUUAUUUACCAAUUGACAAUCAGUUCGACGAAUCGAUACUUUCGUAUGUCCUUAAUAUAUUUAGAUAAACGCAAGAGUGCAAAAAAUUUGUGCUUAUUAAAAAUUAUAUUUAUAUCGCAAAUAUUUAUUCACUAUUUGAAAAUUAUUCCGAUAAAACGGAAACGACUAUCGAUGUUUAAAGUUAAUCGUUAAUUAAACGUAAUUAUCAUAGCAAAACAAACAAAUUGGAGAGUUUGAGACAGGGAUAUUACAAUGUAAUAUCUUAAAGAAAUUAAAAUAAACCGAUCCAUACGAUCUCAUAAUGUGAGUCUCGCAGGCCUACUAUAUUCGAUAAAUUUUUCAUCAUUCGAAUAUAUCUUGUUGUACACAUAUUUGCAUCACUCAUCUCCAUUCCAUCCAAUCAUAUAUUCAAUGACAACGAUAUUACUAACGAUAAAUAUCUUAGACACGAACAGCAAUAUCUGUCGGUCGUUGUUAACACACAACUGUACGCGAUCUAUAAUAACAGCAUUCUAUCGUGAAAACGUAAGCUCUUAAAAAAGUGUAAACCAACAAGGCAAAGAUCUUAUUAAUCGCACAAUUUUUUUAUAUCUCUAUCUCUCUUUUUAGCUAUCCUCUCGUUUUGAUUUAUCUCUUUUUUUUCUUACGAGCCACAAACGCGAACAACUUUACGAUCGUCAACAAAGUUGAUAUUCUUUUACAGCCCUUGUGUAACUUUAUUGUCACAUUUAUGUUAACAUUUAUAUAAUCUUGUUAUGAAUAAUUAUCGCUCGAUUGUUUGCAAUUUUAAAUGUAAUUCUACAUUUGAAAUGAAAAUUGUAAACAAAAUAUGUUUUCAAUUAAAUAAGAAGUAAUAUAAAUGAGACAACAGUAAAGAACACGAAAAAGAAUUAUAUAUUGCAUCGAAUAUGAUUCGGAGAUAAAAUUAAAUAAAGAAAUUCCAUACAUUCAAUGACACUUAUAGGUCAAGCCUGUCAAAUGUCCAAGUCGGAAAAGUACACGCCUAUUUUACUCGUAUAUUAUAUGUAUAUUAUUACUGCUUAAAUUAACAUUCACAUUCAAAUUGUGAUAUUUGUAUAUCUUUCAAGAAUAGACGAUGUUUCACUCUGGCAUGAUAAAGUUGCCUAAGAAACGGUACUAUUUAAAACCCGAAAACAUGACGCUUAUAUAACAUUUAACAAGGGAUUUCUUUGUUGUCCCCACUUUUAUCCUUAAUCGAGAAAGAUCUCUGCGUUUCUGUGUUUGGCAAAAGCGCGCGCGUCAUCGCAAACAGAUGUAAACGAUUUCAAUAAGACAACUUAAAAAUACACGCGCAUUUUUUUACAAUUCUAUCGAAUGCUCGCAACGAAGCGACACAUUACACUUGCGGAAAGCGAAAUUGUAUCGUUAAAGUGACGACGAUUCGCCUGGGCAUUCUUUGUGCAUUUGUGACAGCUCGGUUUUACAUUUUCUUUCCGUUGCUCCAUCUGAUUUCUCAACGAAACACAUGUGUUUUUUUUAGAAACAUAAUUUGUUUUACAGUUAAUCGCAUUGAUGGCAUUCAUUGCACUUGA